CCCUCUUCUUCCCAGGGAGAGACCUCAGCCCAAAAGCCUUAUAUCCGCCUCCACCUUCGGUGAGUUCGAGUGAUUCCUCUCAGAAGCUAAAAAAAGAUUCAAGGUUUGUUCUCCGAACUCUUAAUCUCUCUCUCCCGCUCUCUCCCUCUCUCUCUUUUAAUCCUCUCUCUGAAUCUCUCUCUGUAAUCUUCUAGUUCUUAAAAAAAAAAAGAAGUCCAAUUUUGAGGUCCUUUUUUUUGAAUAGGGAGCCAGAGGAUUCAGAACAGAGAUCCAGAGUUUUUUUUGACUUCUGGAUUUCAUCCUCUAUUUCUUUCUUUUUUUCUUCUUCUUCUUCUAGUUUUCUCUGAUUUAUCAGCAGACAGGGUUGUUUUUUCUUUACCCUUGGAGUUAUUUUGUCCUUGUUUCUUGAUCAAAAGAGGCAACCUUUUAAUUCAAGGCCUCUUGUUUUAGGUGUUUUCUCUGAUUAUCCAGUCCCCUGUUCUUUGGUUUUGUUUAAGAACCAGGUGGGACUCAGCUUAUUCCUCUCUUUUCCUUCUUAAAAAUCCCAUCCUUCCUUUCUUCUUCUGAUUUCUCCUCUUCCUUUUUUGUAUUGAAAAUCCAAUCUUUUUUUUUUCCCGCUUUUCCUCUCUGUUUUAGCUUCAAAAUUUUACUUUUUCUUUGUUCUUCUUUUAUCUUAGAUUUUAUGGCUGCAGCUAUAGAUUUGUACAGUAGCCAUCCAGUUUUCUCUUCAGACCCCUUCAGCGAGGAGCUUAUGAAAGCACUUGAACCUUUUAUCAGAGGUGCUUCCUCCUCCUCCUCCUCCUCCUCCUCUCCCUCUCCCUCUCCCUCCCAUUACUCUACCUCCACGCCUGAGACCCACCCCUCGUUCUCAUCCUCUCCCUUUCCCCCUUCUUCUACCCCUUCUCCUUCUCUCUCCACUUCUUCUUACCCCUUCUCGGCCCUUUCCUCCACCAUCUCUCCCUACUCCUCCCCACAAAAUCCAAUCUUGGAUUGCUCUUCGCCGGGCUUCCUCGGCUUGGACCCCUCCGAUGUCAGCCCCCCCGGUCCGAUCGGUCUCAACCACCUCAGCGCUGCUCAGAUUCAGCAGAUCCAAGCUCAGUUCCAAUUCCAGCAGCAGCAGAGUCUCCUCGGGGCCCGGCGAGUGUCACGGGACCAUGCCGCGCCGAGCUUCCUCGGCCCCCGGCCCCAGCCCAUGAAGCACGCCGGCUCACCACCCCCACCGCGGCCCGCAAAGCUCUACCGGGGCGUCCGGCAGCGCCACUGGGGGAAGUGGGUCGCCGAGAUCCGGCUCCCCAAGAACCGGACCCGCCUCUGGCUCGGCACCUUCGACACCGCCGAGGAGGCGGCCCUCGCCUACGACAAGGCCGCCUUCCGGCUCCGCGGCGACUUCGCCAGGCUCAAUUUCCCCCAUCUCCGCCACGAGAUCGCUCGCGCCGCCGGCGGCCCCCUCCACUCCUCCGUCGACGCCAAGCUCCACGCCAUCUGCCAGAGCCUCGCCAAUUCUCCGAAGCAGAUCAUCCCACCCCUCCGACCCACUUGCACCCUUGAGCCUGCUUCCGAAGCUGUGCUCGAUGCUGGCCGGCGACCGAGCGCGGCGAAGGGCGAGUCGGGCUCGGAGGACUACAAGUCGGAGAGCUCGUCGGAGGGUGGCGAAGACUACUCGUCCGGGUCGUCUCCGGCAUCGGAGGUGCAGCAUUUGGACUUUACCGAGGCGCCGUGGGACGAAUUGGAGAGCUUUGUGCUGCGGAAGUAUCCUUCGUGGGAGAUCGAUUGGGAUUCCAUCCUUGCCUAAUCUCAGUACUUACUGUCUCCACUGGCUGCGGCAAAUGGGAUUUUUUGACCUUUUGCUGAGCUGCUGCAGAGAUUUCAAGUAGGAAGGCUUAUGUUUUUAUAUUGUUUCAGUGUUUUGGGUGUUAGGUUUUGUAUGUGUCAAGUGGUACCAAGCCUCCUGGUUUGCUGGUUUUUAUCUUGGCAACUCCAGUGGGGGGGAGAAGUUUAUGUUGCUAUGAUGAUGACUGUAAUUGUAAUCCUUGUGUAGCUUCUGUAAUUAUUUCCAUGUAUUGUAAUGUGAAUGUGCUUUCUAGUUUGUGUAUGUGAUGUCAAUGAGAGAUGCAUGUCCAAGCUUUGCAACAA